UUAACUAGCAGUGGUGCACACGAAGAAGAAUGCUGCGCUAGUUUAUAACUAGCAAAUUUCAACGUAAGGUUUAAGACUCACUUUACACCCAAACUUACCAUCAAACGUAAGCUCAAAUUGUGCAACCAACUACAGAAUCUGAUUAAUAGUAUUGACUUCUGGUAACUACAGGACCUCAGCAAAAGUUGAGGGAAGAGUCACAAUUUGUCCUCAUAAACCAUUUGCCUAUAGACUUGACAGGGAAGGACACGCCUUGACGUCUGACUGUAUGGAUUCAGGUGGAUCACUGAUGGUGUCAUCAGGCCGUUAACACUUCGACCCGACGAACUUUCUACAUCCCUACUUUUUUUUAUUCAAUCAUACGCAGCGUGCAGCCAGGCAAGCCUCGGUGCCGCGCCUAGUCAGAUGAGCCCACAGCAGCAUAGCCAAAGAAAGCUGCAGCCACAGGAGCAGACUGACUGCGUGCUAAAAAAAUCAAAUUUAUAAAAUCUGUCUGUUUUAUUCCAUUUUCCCGGAGAAAAGGAGGAGAGGAGAUAGAGAGGGGAGGGACCCGCGGAAGUUGAUGUACAUAGAUUGGGUUUCUUACGUGCGCUCCUUCGGUUCGAGCUCCUCAUCCCUCUUACGGUGAUGUAAUUGUUUUACUUAGAAGAUCGGACGCUAGAGGAAAAUUGUCUCUCUUUCCGCCCGCAUUUGAAACUUGAUUUCCUAUCAUCUGCAACGUAUCGGCUUCACUCAUCUCGUCGUCUCUCUGGUGUCCAGUGCGUCAGGCAGAGAGGGGCCGCGGUGAGAGACGGUCUGUAGGUUUGGGAAAAGGGGAUUCAACGGACAAUAUCUCCGGUGCCAGCGGACGUUUCGGUGGUUCUCAAUCGUGCAGUUAUGUGGCUUGGCUCGGUGAUUGGUUGUGCGUUUCUCGCGCUGUGUUCUGCGGCUCCUCCUGCGCACAUCAACCGUUUGGCGCUGUUCCCUGACAAGAGCGCCUGGUGCGAAGCCAAGAACAUCACACAGAUAGUCGGGCACACAGGCUGCCAAUCCCGCUCCAUAGAAAACAGGGCAUGCCUGGGACAGUGCUUUAGUUACAGUGUGCCCAACACCUUUCCUCAGUCCACUGAGUCCUUGGUGCACUGUGACUCCUGCAUGCCUGCACAGACACACUGGGAAGUGGUGACUUUGGAGUGCCCGGGCAACGAGGACACUCCUCGUGUGGAGAAAUUGGUGGAGCGCAUCCUGCUGUGCAGCUGCCAGUCCUGCAGUAAAGAGGAUGACCAGGAGGGGGCAGUCAUGCAACUCUCUCCCUCGGAGAGCUCCAUUGAUCACGCGUCCCUGCCUGACGCCAGCAGCGCCGAAGUCCACCCCCACCCGCACCCUCAUGGGCACACACACUCACACCCACACCCACACCAUCCUGACACACUCUCUGACCCACUGCCACACACAGACACAUCGGAGGGAGGAUAAGCUAAACUGUGCUGUCUGUUUCUCUAACUGACUCCCCCCCCCCCUUCUCCUACUCUUUUCUUCAGUCUGUUACUCUUCUCUCCUUGUUUGAGUUGGUCUGUGAUUUUGUACUCUGGCAGAACUUCAGCACUUUUAUGAAUAACACCACAUUUUGCAAAAAUAAAGCUUUUAGACAGGAAUGUAUGAACAAAACCAGCGUGCUUAUACACAGUUACCAAAAAUGAUCGCAAAGUAAACUGAAAAUCUAACACAAACGCACUCGCACACACACACAAACAUUCACACACAGUUAUCUAUCUGAACACAGACUUUUCAUUAGCAUAGAUUCAGAUGCACAAGUGUAACACAUAUGCACAAGCAUACACUCACAGUAUCUGAUGACACAAUGUAAGUGCACUUAAAACACUGCCCACAAAAGCUCUUAAUACAUUUGUAACCAUAAUAACAAUAAAAACAUGGACACACACACACACACACACACACACACACACACACACACACAAACCACAUACACACACAAAUCAUCAGCUUAUGUUAUUUUUGGGCUAAAGGUUCCAAGUCUCUCUUCUGUGCUGCGUUGUCUGUUGCCUCACUCGCGCAAUGCUGACUAAACAACACAGUAAAUUGUUGAGUUAAGAAAAUGCCUUUCCUCCCAGUAACAGUUUAUAUGGAGUUUUAGAAAGGUAAGAAGUUCAGUUGAUCCACCUGAAAUGACUGAUAUAUUGGGUGUACUGUGCUGGUUUGGAUAAAGCUGUUUGUAUUUAGA